AGCACUUUUUAUUGACGAGGGAAGCUCAUUCUUUUUGGGGGUAGAAUUGUCUUUUCAGUUCUCAUAGAUCCUGUGUGGAAGGUUUCAAAUGCAACCGUAAUUUACCCUCUCUGGGCUUCUCGCUUCUGAUCGACUGCCAAGUGCCAAUGGACAAGGCCGAGGCGCCAGAAUUCGAUUCAGAUUUUUAGGGUUUCUGAAACGCCUUGUUUCUUUCUUCUUGAUAUUUUUAUUCAGAUAUUUUUUACUUGUUUUGGUUUUCGAAUCGCAAGUAAUGGAUUCAUUCCAGGACAGUAGUUGGAAUCUUCUCGAUUAUAGUAUAAUCGAAGACGGAACAUCUACCGAUUUCUAUUGGAACAAUCAGGACUGCUGCUUGGAUUUUGAUGUUUCACCUAUCGAGUCCAUUCUCCAAGAAAAAGCAUGCACAAGAAAGAGGGGACGCAAUGAGUCAUGCAGUGGACCAGGAUCCAAAGCUUGUCGUGAGAAAAUGCGUAGGGACAGGAUGAAUGACAUGUUUUCAGAUUUGACCUCAAUUUUGGAGCCUGGGAGACCUGCUAAGACUGACAAAUCUGCCAUACUUGGUGAUGCUAUUCGUGUUCUGAACCAGCUAAGAACAGAAGCUCAGGAGCUUAAAGAUGCAAAUGAGAAGCUUCAGGAAGACAUAAAGAACUUAAAGGCAGAGAAAAAUGAACUUCGUGAAGAGAAGCUCCUACUGAAGGCAGAUAAAGAAAGGAUGGAGCAACAGCUCAAAACCAUGAGCAUUAUGCCUACGGGUUUUGUUCCGCCAGUUCCUGCAACAUAUCAAGCUGGAGCAAAUAAAUUGAUGACCUACCCUAGCUUUGGUGGCUUCCCGAUGUGGCAAUGGAUACCCCCAGCUGUUCUUGACACAUCUCAAGACCAUGUUCUCAGGCCUCCUGUGGCUUAGUUUUGAUUGUUGUUGCUUGCAUCAUUUACAGACGCUUGGUUAUACAAAUGUCUGAAACUGCAACCGUUGUUUACUUGUAAAUACUUUGUGUUUCAUGCUAGUUUGGGUAUCUUCAAACUGAUAAAAGUGCAAAUCCUCAGUGUGAUUGACCGAUGGUGUCAAUCAACUGGUAGCUAUUUCUUCAAUAAAAGUUUGAUCAUUUGUCUAACUGUCUCAACGAGUACCAGUUUGCAGAGUUUUCUAGAUUGUGCUGUUGGUAGGGGUUUUGGUCUGUAAUGACUGUUUAUGAAUUAAGGUGCUUGGCUUUGCAGCAUUUUUUGCUGCUGUUGUUGUA